CUCCACUACGUACCACCGCCGCUAGCCCACCACUCCCUUCCCCUCGCUUCUGUGUGUGUGUGUGACUCGACUCAACCCGGUCCCCUCAGUGUAGCCUCAACCCUCGUGCGUGGCGGCGGCAGUGCUCUCGUCCGCUGUAGUGUUCGCUAGUGUCCGUCAGCGUUCGUUCCUCCGCAGUGAUUGAUACCAUAUAAGAAACACAAUAGUGGGCGUUAUGUUGGAGCACAAAGCGUAAACCUUCCAGUGGUGCGGACACCUUAACAUGGAAGCCCCGAACAGUGGCCGGACGCUAUGGUAACUUUCUCGUUCGAGGCCAGCGGUGAUAACGUCCCCACCAUGGCUGGAGGCUUUCCCCGCAGCUGCUCCUGGUCCGUCACCCCCGCCACCCCGCCCGUGGCCACCCUCUCGCCCCCCGAGCAGCCUCCGCACGCCAGGGAGGGGGGCCACCGCAGCAGGUGUUACAAUGACCUCUUCGAGAAGCGUGCCAGCGUGUCCAUGGUGAUGAGCGCCCUCCGCAGCCCCACGCGCCCCGAGGCCCACGUCCCGCGCUCGGACCGCAGCCCGCGCCGCUCCCUGGGCGCCGUGUGGCGCGUGUCCUCCUCCAGCCCCGCGCGCCAGCUGGGGGCCUGGCUGGGGCGGCGGCCGCGCUCCUUCGCCGGCACGGAGGACACGCACGUGGCGUCCCUCUACAGCAGCGGCCACACCCUCGCGCCGCCCACCUCGCCCGUACCGUCCCUCUGCUCCUCCUCCCCCGAGCCCCCGUCACCCCUGGACGCCUCGGGGGGGCAGCACCUGUACGGGGGGUCGGCCAGCACGGCGGCCUGCCUCAGCAGCAGCCCCUCCGCCACCUCCCUCGCCGCCCUCGCCAAGCCCAUCACGCCGCGGCGCCCCACUCGGCUGGUCAUUAGUGGGCGUGCGCGGCCGCGGCGGCCAUAUCACACCCCCUGCGUCACUAGGUUGUGCAAUGUGACCGUGACCCGGCUCCAGGUUACGCUGCCCCUUGGAGGUGACCUGAACUCCGUCACCCUCGCCGUCAAGAUGCAGUCCUCCAAGAGAACACUUCGCUCAAAUGAAAUCCCUGUCCCUCCCUGCGGCACGCUGGACACGGAGCUCCAGCUAACCUUCUCCUUACAGUACCCACACUUCCUGAAGCGAGAGGGCAACACCCUGCAAAUCAUGCUUCAACGGCGCAAGAAGUAUAAAAACCGAGCAUUUCUGGGGUUCAAGACGCUGGCUGUGGGGAUCAUCAACAUGUCACAGGUGUUGCAGAGGCCUGUUGACCGUGACCUGGAGCUGUACAGUGAGGGCAAGGAGAAGGGCUCGCCCCUGGCCCGGGUCACCAUGGUCUCCCUCUCCUCACAGCCGGUGGACACGGAUGAGCCAGGAGAAAGAACAAAGACCUUCAUGGCUGAUAAUCCUGGGGUACCGCAAGGUGGCUGCUCUCCAACACUUUGUCCUGAUAAUCCUCUUGGCCAACUUCCAUACCAACCCCGGAUUCCAGCUCUUGCAGACCGCUCCGUGGAUCUUGUGGAAGUGUACAGUGAUGAUGAUGAGGACUACAGCUCCCAAGAUGAAGGGAGUGACUCUGAGCCCAUCCUGGAAGACGGCACCAGACGAACUCACCACCACCAUCACCACCACUUGAGAUCAAACACUCGCUCCAAAAGUUUACCUCCAAAUGCUCGACAACGAAAUCUAAAGCAAAGGUUUAUUGCAUUGCUCAAGAGAUUUAAAGAUCCUGAGGCCUUUGAACAAGAUCAAGAGUUGGAUCCUAGAACUGGUGCUGAAGUAGAUGAAGCUGAAAUUGAGGACUUAUUUGACCAGCUGGAAGAUCUGAGCGACUCUGGACCAGAAGUUGACACAAUCUCCAUCACCUCCACGCCCAAACCCUCACUCCGGCCAUACUUCUCCUCGUCGCGCUCUUUACUUAAUGAAGGGGGUCCAUACCUGCGAUUGAAGGUCCCAGGUGCGUUGCGUCCCCAUGGUGUCAAAGCAGACAAGGUGGGAGCCGACAGGUUAAGCGACGAGAGCAGCAAGAGGGCAGACAGCGACCACAUGGAGAACUGGACCGACCAGGAGCACUCCGACCCCCAGUGUCUUGCCUCCUCGCCACCACGGGACGACAAGAACAAGAGCAACAAAGCUAAAUUGUUCAACAGAGAUCGCAGCAACAUGUCUCUGAAGGAACGGAAAAGCAUCUCCUCCACCGGCGGAUCAACGCCGCGGCAAGAAAAGACAGCCGUUGAACGUACCAAUUCAAGUGCCAAUGUUGAUUCUAGUCCGAGGAAAGUAUUAUUAGAGCAGUUGGCAAGAGUAUUACCAGUCGAGGACAUCCAGCUCCCCGACCACGUUGUUCUGGUCAACACAGCCGAGUCUCACGGGCCCCUGCUGGCGGCCCACCUCACCGACCACGGCCACCGCGUCAUCACAACCAUGGCCCUAGCAGAUGUCAAGGCAACCAUAUCUCACCUUGUAAAUAAACUACAAAAAUUCUGCAAUAGUAAUCUAAAAGCACCGGGUCCAAUGAAGGUGGUGGUAGUGGGCUCUGAUCUGUACAUAAGCUGUGUCCUGCGGCCAUAUGUUGAUCAGUUCUCAUCAAAACCUCCAGACUUCCAGAAUCACAUUAGAUUCCUUAUCAUUCCUCUUGGUGUAAAUAGUUUAGCAAAGUACUUAGGGUCUAUCGAUUCCGUAUACGGUGCAGCUUUUGUCAGUGAAUCUUGGAGAGAGGUUGUGGAGCGGUGGGAGAAGCCGGACGUACAGGAAGUUGUAAAUCGUGUUCAUAGAUAUCUGACACAAGCACAGCAGACACUGCACCUGCCCAUUGCUGAGGCCAUGCUGACAUACAAGGAAAAGAGUGGAGAUGACGAGUCCUCACAGGCAUUCGUACCGUUCAUCAUGGAUGUGCGGUUAGGAAGUGGCGAUGUCACCUCCACCUCUGUUGAUCUGGAGGACCCUGCCCUAGCACCCACAGCAGUCAUCCUUCCCGGGUCACCGCCAGCAGCCUCCACACCCACCACGGGGCUCAGCAUUGACAAGACUCGUGAAAACACCACACCUCCAUCAUCACCCAACAUCAAUAGCUCACACUUAGCUAAUUACAAGAUGCUUGCUGAAAGUGGAUGGCAUGAACCCUUGGACCUCCAGGUUGACUACUGGCUGGUGAGAGGCUCAGGCCGGGAGGAAAAGGAAAAGGACAAAGAGAAGGAGAAAGCCCGCAUUGAGGGUGGAAAAUACACUCUCAAAACAAGCUUCCGAACAUUGCAAGUUGCUCGCCUGGCCCCCCUCGGAGUGACCCAGCCAUUUGACCCCAGUUUUUGUCACCACCUAACCCUUUCAUAUGCUACUAAAGAAAAGAAACAGAGAAUCAUGAGACUUGGCAAGAAGAAGGAGAAGGAGAGGGAAACAGAGAGCCGCCGAGAGGUUGUUGACGGCGUGAGCAGGCUGCUGGGCAGCGCCAAGAACCAGCCCUUCAAAGUGAGCAUAGACUCUGCUGAGUGGAUGAAUGUAAAGUUCUUCCAGUUGUCCUCGCAGUGGCAGACACAGAUCAAGUCCUUUCCCAUCUCUCUUUUCACCCUGCAAGAUUCAAAUUUGUGACUCAGUCCUCCCAAGGAUUCAGAAAGUUAGUCUCGUUUUCUUUAUACAUUGUUGAACACUUUAGAAAUGGGCUAGAAAUUUAGAAUUGAAGCACAAAGAUCAGGAACAUCAAACAGUUGGUGUAUUAAAUAGUGAAAAUUGUCAGUUGUGAAAAAUGCAAGUUUCUCUAGCACUGUGUACUUAGGAUUUUGUCAUAAAAUACUACUUAACUGUAAAGGACUUCAUGUUGUAAGUCGCCUGGGAAGUUUUCCUUUCUAUCAGUUUGUCACAGAGAAUGAGGGCUUGAGGGCUCGUAAGAGGAAUGUUACCACCAAAGAGCAAACUGUGGCCAAGGAUUUCUUGUCCCCCAGAAAGGAAGGAGCAAUGCACAAGGAUGGAGAGAGCACUAUACCAUCCAUUCCUUUAAUAGAUUUAAAUAGGUACUUGUUUCUUGUUUCAGAUAUAAAGUAUCUUGAAGAGAUAUGAAUGUAGUUUUAUAUGCAGAUAGAAAAUACCUGAAGCAAUUUUCAUCUUCACUUGAAAAGAUUACAAAGAAUUUCUUUUUGCUGUAGAUAUGUUUGAUGUCAACCUUGAGUCAGUUUGGCGAGGCACGGGAUGUGAACUUUUGAAUGCUCAAAGCCCUUUUCUGUCCACAAGUUAGUAGAUUGCUUAUUCAGGAGCAGUUGCUCAAUAGAAGAGGAAGCCAGAAAUAUGGAUUAUGUUAAUAUUGCAAUUUUCUAAGUCAUAGCUUUUUUUUAUGUAAUUUUAAGUUCCAUUUUGGAAUGUGCUAGAAUGAUUUUUUUCAUAUUAUUUAAAUGUUGUCAGUGAUUCUUGAUAAAGUUCUCCGCCUCGACCUGUAGUGCUGGUGGAGGGUGAUGGAAAGCUCUGUUUUAUACUUUGCAAGACGCCAAGGGACUCUGGUGCAUAAAUGUAGUGGAAUUGUAAUCUCCAGUGAAUGAUAGACACAUUUUAAGUUGUUUUGCAUAUCAUACACAAAGAACACACACAUGUGAACUACACGGUUCCCAUAUAAGUUGAAUCAGUGUCCUCUUUAGAAAAAGGUAUAGGUCACAAUGCUGUGUUGAUCAUUCAAGCAUCUUGGUGAAUUCAUACUCAGUAAAACCUUUUAUUUAUGAGUUAGUAACUUUUUUUUUUUAAUGGAAUGCACACUAUUUUUUUCUGUCAUAUCACAUCUAGGGUGAAAGUUCCUCUUAACUUAAGAAUUAUUUAGAAUAUUAUUUUUGUAAAAAAAUAUAAUUUAGCUGUGGCAUUUCCAAAAGUUUUAGUAAGUUUAAAUCAGUGAAAUAAAAAUAGCUUCAAAGGAACCAAUUGUGGCUUCUAAAUAUUCAAUAGUCUUCCUUUAUGACUAAAAGAAAAAAAAAAAUUGGCAAAAAUCAAAUAAAUAAUAUAUUUUACAUAAUGAGGAUUCACAGAAAAUGCAUUCUUAUAUGACUGGCUUAUUAUUGUUAUUAUUACUAUCAUCAACAUCAUCAUCGUGAGUAACACAGACUGUAUCAAAAGAGAUAUUCCUUGCACGCAACAGACCGCCUUGUGGUGCGGUGCACAGUGAAAGCCCUCCUAUUGGGACUCAUUACUCAAAGCAUUCCAACUAAAUGAAUCAUCUUUGAACACCUCCAAAACUUACUUCAUGCAGACGUGGUACUCAGCUUCCUGUAGUGCUGUCCUUCACGCUUCUCAGCCCUUCCCUCCCUGUUUUACAAACUGAGGCAUCCUUAGGCCAGUGGUAAGAUAAAGGGGUUGCAGUUUCAUUUUAAGGUUUCUACACAAGUCUGCAAUAAGUUUUUUUUCCCUUCAUUAUAUGAAGCUUUCAUAUUGUGUAUAUAUUUAGAUAUUUUUUAAGUGCUAAAAUUGUAAGCUGAAUAAAAUAGUUUAGUCUAUGAUUUUCCAAUAGUAUUUUAUUCACUGUGCAGUGAAUGAAAACAUUAUUUUCAUCAUAUUUGAUGACAAUUUGAGCCUGUCAAAACUAAGUCACAGAUGGAGUCAUCAGGAUGGGCUGACCUUUGACAUGUUUUUAUGUAACUUUCUGUCUGGUUCCUUCAGUGUUCAUGAGUGUAGGUCUGUGCACUGCUGCUUGUCUUGAAGAAGUUACAUUCAUGGCCUUUCUGGUGACAAGCUUUAAGUGCAGCAAAGUGCAGUACUAUUCAGAAACAGUAAAUGGCUCAUUGCCUAAAGCAGCUGAGCUGAGCACUUAAAUUUUAGUUUGGAUUCAGUGGGCUGCAUAAUGUUCCUCCUUUUUCCACGUGUGUGAAGGCUUCAUUGCCUAAGGAUUACAAUACCAGAAUAUUAAUAUCUAUAAAAGAUAAUCUAUAGUCAUAAAACAAAACUAUUAGCCAAGUAAUGUAUACCAUGCUUAACCUCUCACACCAAUUUGCCAUCACUCGAUGAAAACUGCACAUCUCAUGUUUAGGAAAACACUGCGGAAAGAAACCCUCCAUAUACUAUUUUUGAUUUGGCAGAACUUGGGUAAGCAACUAGUAGCUGAUUUGUAGCUAUGCCUCUAGAGGUAACAACUGGGCAAUUAUUACUCGUAUUAUUAUCAUUAUUAUGAUUAUUAUUAUUAUUGUUUUUAUUAUUAUUAUUAUUAUUUGGAUCACACACAUCCCACUUUGUCUAGAUGGAAAGGCUUUUAGUGCAUUGCUCCAUCCAGUGCACAGUGACCCAGACCUGAGGGGCCCAGCACACACCCAGCACAGGUGUAGAUGUAAGGCAACAAGCUCUUGAGCCAGACAUGACAUGGUUCCAUUCACUAUUCUGUGCCUCACAUAUAGAUGUUUUGCCAAGAAAAAAAGAAUUUAUAUCACAAAAAUUUCAAAGUUUUCUUUUACUUUGCCUUUCUUUUUAUUUUUUUAUCAUCACCUAUUUUUCAUGUUGCCAUCUUUUCACAUCAACAAAAAUGUGACUUGUGUCGUGCUUCUCUGUGCCACUCUCUUGGUUUUGCUUCAGUGUUGUCAUGAAAGUCUUUAUCUCAGCUUCCUGCUGCCACCUCCACACACCUGACCCUUGCUGCCACACGAGGUCAGUCACCAAGUCCAUGAAACCAUUGAAUUGUUCAUACAUUGUUGUCUGAAAAUUGCCUCCCAGUUUAGUGUGAGAGCAAAACCUGCCUGUUACUGUAUUUUAAUGUUGUAAAUAAAGAACUUGAAACUGAA